AUGGGCAGACUCAUCAAGAACCACUGGGGGCGAUUGAUUAUUCUGACCGCGGCAGCUUAUCAAGUUGCCAGCGCCGUCGAAGGCUUUAUAUGGCCCAAGGUCUUCUGGGACUUCGUUUCCAGGAACCUCGAUGCAGCCGUUGCCCCCGUUCCCGUCCUCCAAAUCCUGAAUCUCUUAAUGGGCCUUAUUGGGAUAGCUUGGGAAUGGCCACUCAAGCCAUUUGCCGGCUCCGGUCCACACCGCAGCAUUGAAAUUCGUCUUAUUAUAUACCCACUCAGCGCAUUGCUCGCAGCACUAUUAUACCAAGGCACCGAUCCGGCUAUAUACUAUUUGAUCGGGAUAGGUGUUUAUUUUUGGGCCUACAGUGAAGGCGAGGUCGUUUGCCCGGAGCCUUGGACCCUACCGAAACGACAUGGAUUACUUAAGGCAUAG